UCAUUACAGCUUAUUGGUCUGUACAAGACUUAAUAUUGUGCAAGCAAAGGAGUCGCAAAGAGGAACAGCUGUCCAUAGAAUGAAAUACGCCAUAGUAAUUGCAUGUGCCGCCCUUGCGGUGGCCAGCAUCAAUGCCGCCAGUGUGCAGCCGGUCGUGCAGCCGGGCGUUAGGGCAAUCGACAACCAACUCUACCGCCGUUAUGUGUGCGUUUAUAAGCCCGAUGGAUUCCGCGCUCUGGUCCCCGGAAGUUGCUCCCAGUACUACGAGUGUCAGUCAGGUGUGGCCCUUGUCAACGUCUGCUCGCGCUUCUUCGAUGCCAAGGCCCAGGGUUGUGUCAACUACAACACUGGCUGCAUUGAGUUUCAGCCUGCAUCGGCAAGCUCUCCUGUAGGAGGCUCGAUCGCCGCAGUACCAUGUGCGGAGGAAACUACAACCUGUGCACCACAAAUCAUAACAACAACAACCUGUACACCAGCCAGCGUAACAACCACAACAACCUGUGCACCAACAACCACUACAACCUGUGCACCAACAACCACAACAACCUGUGCACCAACAACCACAACAACCUGUGCACCAACAACCACAACAACCUGUGCACCAACAACCACAACAACCUGUGCACCAACAACCACUACAACCUGUGCACCAACAACCACAACAACCUGUGCACCAACAACCACUACAACCUGUGCACCAACAACCACAACAACCUGUGCACCAACAACCACUACAACCUGUGCACCAACAACCACAACAACCUGUGCACCAACAACCACUACAACCUGUGCACCAACAACCACUACAACCUGUGCACCAACAACCACAACAACCUGUGCACCAACAACCACAACAACCUGUGCACCAACAACCACUACAACCUGUGCACCAACAACCACAACAACCUGUGCACCAACAACCACUACAACCUGUGCACCAACAACCACAACAACCUGUGCACCAACAACCACUACAACCUGUGCACCAACAACCACAACAACCUGUGCACCAACAACCACUACAACCUGUGCACCAACAACCACAACCACGUGUACACCAGGUAUUACAACUACGACAUGUACACCAGCAACCACAACAACCUGUGUACCAGAGACCACAACAAGCUGUGCAUCAUCAACAACGACAACAGAAUGUGGACCCGUAAGCGGAGUCUCCGGAUCUUCGAAGGCGAGGCCAUCGUCUGUGAAAGUGCGACCAGCGAGACCCGUGCGCCCUGCCGUUCGUCCCGCAUUGGAAAUCGAUGAACUGUCGGCUCCCAAAGCCCAAGAGCUAACCAUGUCCACCUAUACAAAAUACGUGUGCCGCAACAAGCCAGAUGGCUUCAUGUUGGCCUCCCUGAAGAGCUGCUCCGACUACUAUAUCUGCCGAUAUGGAAAGCCACUGUUGGUGAGCUGCGGCGAUAAAUACUUCAACGCUCUGAAGGGCAUUUGCGAUCUGCCCGAGAACACGCGUUGCGUGCAGCCACAAGCAUAAAACUUGACGAUGGCUUCCUAAUCGAAAUCACCAACGAAUAGCACUACCUGACCCCACCUUGAUAUUUGUGCCCGAUCGAUUCUUUAUCAUAUUUACUAAAAUUUCAAUAUAUGCAAAAGCUAAUACAAGCUUAAAAAAUAAAUCUAAAGUAUCCGUACUCCUUUUAGUUCAAAGC